CAGUAUGAAUGUUCAUUAGAAAACAAUAAACUAUCCUAAAUAAAUAUUAAAAAGAUUCAUCCUAAACAAAAUGGUUAUAUCCAAGAAAACAAUUGUUAAAUCACUGGCUCUUGUAGCCAUUAUAUGUAUUGUUAUGAGCACAGCUGAAGCUACAAAUAUAGGGAAUGGAGCUAUGGGCACAGACCGCAAGGGUUGUGCCCCGGGAGCAUGUGAAGGUCAGGCUAACCCAUACACACCAGGUUGUGAAAAUGGCGAAAAAUGUCGUGGGGGUUGAGAUUACGACAUUAAUUUCUUGUAAAUGAAAAACUUGUGACCCGAAUAAUAAUUGAUUUUAUAAUUACUUCUGAAACUACCAAAUACAUAAUUGUUGUUGUAACUAUAUUUCUGAGUAUAAUUUAAGCAGUAGCUACUUGAUAUUAGCAUUGUAAGGUUAUAUCGGCUAACUUUGAAUAAACAUGUUCGUAUAUAUAUAUAUAUAUAUAUAUAUAUUUUUUCGUAUAUAUUUUCUAUGGUGUAAAUGUUUGUGUAGCUAUACCAGCCAUUUGUUACAUGAUAUGGCUUUGUAUGCAAUAAGUUCAUGUAUAUAAAUGAUGUUUCAUUGU